UCAAAACCCUAGAAAUCGGAAUAUAUAUAUGAAAGAUAUAACACACAGAGACAGAGAGGACGGAAUCUGCUAAAAAAGUCACUCUGAUUUACGCUCUACAUCAUUCACUUUCUAGAAAGUAGUCUCUGUUGAUUGUAAUGGCGGGGCAGAGGAAUAGUUACGGGAAGCGGGCUCAUUCGCAGUCAGAUUAUGAUAUUGGUGGAAAUAAGAGGAGAAAUUCUGGUGAUGAUAGAGAACGUUUUGUUAUUGAUCCGCAAGAUACGGUGUAUCGGUAUUUGUGCCCGGCUAGGAAGAUUGGGAGCAUAAUAGGAAGGGGAGGGGAGAUUAUUAAGCAAUUAAGGAUUGAUACUAAGUCAAAGAUUAGGGUUGGUGAAACAGUGCCGGGCUGUGAAGAACGUGUUGUUACCAUCUAUAGCCCGAGUGAUGAGACUAAUGAAUAUGAAGACAGUGGCAAUUACAUUUCUCCUGCACAGGAUGCUCUGUUCAGGGUGCAUGAUAAGGUUAUUGCAGAAGAUUUGCAAGUUGAAGAUGACUCUGAAGGAAGUCCACAAGUCACCGCUAAGCUUCUUGUACCAUCUGAUCAGAUAGGAUGUAUUAUUGGGAAAGGCGGGCAGAUUGUUCAGAACAUACGCAGUGAGACUGGUGCAGUGAUCCGCAUUCUCAAGGAUGAGCAUUUACCUCCUUGUGCGUUAAGCUCAGAUGAGCUUGUACAGAUUUCUGGUGAAGCUGCAGUUCUCAAAAAGGCUUUAUAUCAAAUAGCAUCUCGCCUUCACGAUAAUCCAUCACGGUCUCAGCACUUGCUUGUUUCUGCUGUUCCAAAUGUGUACUCUUCUGUUGGCUCCCUGGUAGGUCCAUCUGCAGCUGCCCCAAUUGUUGGAAUUGCUCCUCUCAUGGGUCCUUAUGGUGGUUUCAAAGGUGAUACUGGAGACUGGUCGCGAUCAUUAUAUUCAGCUCCAAGAGAUGAACUUGCUUCGAAAGAAUUUUCACUUCGUGUGGUAUGUCCAACUGCCAACAUUGGUGCUGUAAUUGGGAAAGGUGGUACCAUCAUCAACCAGAUCAGACAGGAGUCUGGAGCAACAAUCAAAGUUGAUAGUUCAGUUGCUGAAGGAGAUGAUUGCUUGAUAACUAUUUCAGCGAAGGAGAUCUAUGAUCAAUAUUCUCCAACAAUAGAAGCAGCCUUACGCUUGCAACCUAGAUGUAGUGAGAAAAUGGAAAGAGAUUCAGGUCUCAUCUCUUUUACUACACGUCUACUUGUGCCCUCCUCUCGUAUUGGUUGCCUUUUGGGUAAAGGAGGAGUUAUUAUAGAUGAGAUGAGGAAACUUACCAAAGCUAUUAUUCGAAUACCUAGAAAGGAAAAUCUUCCCAAAGUUGCAUCUGAUGAUGAUGAGAUGGUGCAGAUUGCUGGAGACCUGGAUGUUGCCAAGGAUGCUCUCAUACAAAUAAGUCGACGGUUAAGAGCUAAUGUUUUUGACAGGGAAGGUGCAAUGUCUGCUAUUCUACCAGUUUUACCAUACCUACCUGUCUCAGCUGAAGGUUCGGAGGGUCUAAAUUAUGACAGUAGAGAUGGUAAAAGACAUGGACGUGGGAGUUCUUAUGCUGGCGGUUAUAGCUCAAGUGAUUAUGCUUCUGGUGAUGGUUAUGGUAGCUAUGGUAGCUCACAGAUUAAUGCUAGUGGAGGUCCUUAUGGAGCCUAUGGAAGUUAUUCUUCCGGACGCACUGGUACUUCCGGGUUAUCUGGCCAGGCCCCUGUUUCUCGACGCAAAAGCUAUUACUAGAAUUUGAUGAUGGCUACUGCAGGCAGAACUAAAGAUGAGAAUUUCUUGAAGGCUCGUAUCACGGACUCUGCUGUGCUGUCUUGUCCUGUCCAGGUAAGUUUGGAGGUAGUCUUGCUUGAAAUAUAAACAGUAAUUCACUGUUGCUUGUAUGCUCAAGAUGAGUUCUCAACUGCUAUAUUUCAGUCUCUUUAACUCAUGCAUGUAAAAAAAAAAAAAAAAGCAAAAAAUUCUAUAAAUGUAAAAAAAAUGCUCAGGGAGAAUUAAAGGCAGAAGGAAAUUGUUGUGCACUAGAAUUCAAAAGGUAUGAUACAAAUCACUUUUGAUGGAUUUUUAUAGCUCAGACACCAUCGGAGGCUUUCCUGGAUUGUUGGAAAAGGUUGAACUCAGGGCUUCAAGCGGUAGGUUAUUUUCAUAUGAAAUGCUGUGUGCUAUAUAGAUUGUUGCGCAGAGAUAAUUGCCCUGAUUGAUUAUUGUUUUACAAAAAAAUUGUGGCAGGUUCUGUCAGGCAUUAACAUUUCAUCAGUUUACCUGGCUAAUCACAGAUGCCAGCACUUUAACUGUGGAAAUCAAGCGCAUCCAGUUAAUUUUUUCAGCGAGCUUUAUAUGUUUGUAUUUGUAUGUUGUCUAUUCAGGCACAUGGAAACAACAAUUAGAAAAUUUAUUUGCAACGAAAUUAAAAAUAAUAAAGUGCUUCAAUCACA